UGUGUCUUUGUUCCUCUGCAGGUGAACGGCCGGCAUCCCACAUGCAACUUCAUGCUGGAGCUGGAGCGGGACCAGGCGGAGUGUGUGGACAAGCUGAGGGAGCAGGACGCCACCGCAAACCCUAAAGGGCCAGGCUGCAGAGGAUCAUGGGACAACAUUGCAUGCUGGGAGCGGGCUGAGAUCGGAGAGACGGUCACCAUCCCCUGUCCGCGAGUCCUCAAGACCUUAUUCGGAAGAAACGGGAACAUCAGCAGGAACUGCACGGCGGACGGAUGGUCGGAUGUUUUCCCCAACAUCACCAGCGUGUGUGGCUCCGAGCCAAUCCAGGAUAAGCUGAUCUUCUACAUGGUCGUCCAGACGUUGUACACUCUGGGUCACAGUCUGUCUUUGAUCGCCCUCACCACAGGGAGUGCCAUUCUCUGUCUAUUCAGGAAGCUCCACUGCACCAGGAACUACAUCCACCUCAACCUCUUCUUCUCCUUCAUCCUGAGAGCCGUGGCCGUGCUGAUAAAGGACGACAUCCUCUUCUCUCGAAACACACAGUGUUCCAACCAGCCGUCACUGAUGGGUUGCAAGGCCAGUCUGGUGUUUUUCCAGUACUUCAUCAUGGCCAACUUCUUCUGGCUGCUGGUGGAGGGUCUGUACCUCCACACGCUGCUCAUCGUCAUCUUUUCCGAGAACCGACACUUCAUCGUCUACCUGCUCAUCGGCUGGGGAAUCCCCACCGUGUUUGUCUUCGCAUGGGUGAUGACGAGGAUUUAUCUGGAAGACACCGGGUGCUGGGAGAGAAAUGACAACCCAAUACCCAACUGGGUGAUCAAUGGACCAAUAGGAUUCUCAAUCAUGGUGAACUUCAUCUUGUUCAUCAGCAUCAUACGCAUCUUGGUGCAGAAGCUGAGGUGUCCCGAUGUCGGCGGCAACGACCAAUCACAGUACAGGAGGCUGGCCAAGUCCACACUCCUGCUCAUCCCUCUGUUCGGGAUCCACUACGUCGUCUUCGUUUCCCCUAGCGAAUCCAUAGCAGAGAACUACAAGAUCUUUUUUGACCUGGCCAUCGGUUCCUUUCAGGGUCUGGUGGUGGCCAUUUUGUAUUGUUUCUUAAACAGCGAGGUUCAGUGUGAGCUGAAGAGGAAAUGGCGGAGCAUGUGUCUCAACUGCCAUUUGAACAGAGAUCAGCAGCUGAGCAGCACCUUCGCCUCCAGGAACGGCUCGGAGCACACGGUGCAGUUCCACCGCAACUCCAGAACCCAGUCCAUCCUGCAGUCAGAGACCACGGUGCUGUGAGGAGCCGACGCAUCCACAAGGGGGCGCACUCCUGGAAAAAGACUCCUAUGAUACACCCGAGAAAAUGAAAUCAAAUGAAAAGCAUCCUGUCUUUCACAGCUCGCUUAAAAACCAACCGGCCGAACAGUUUUUGUGAAUGAUUCUUGAUGUUUGUUUGAC